CACCUAGUCUUCAGCCACUCAUAAACACAAGGGAUUCUGCAGAUGCUGAAAAUUUUGCGCAACACAUACAAAAAUGCUGGAGGAACUCAGCAAAGCAUGGCUACAUCUGUAGAGGAGAAUAAACAGUCGACGUUUCCCGCUGAGAACCUUAAUCAGGUCUGUGUGCGUGCGUUGUUCGGCCGCUCAUCAUCUGGAAUUUUUUCUGUAACGAUGGACUGUGAAGCCGCCACAGCUCCAAUAGUUGUCUAUGCUUCAGGCAUGCGUUUACACGCGCAGAAUGCAUUCGGCGGGCUUAGUACGGACAGAGGUAUCGGUGGCGUAAAGAGGGAAGAGUGAUUACAAGAAAAACACAAGGCAAAGGAUAAAGUAAUAUUUAUUGGGUCUCUGUGGGUGAACUCUGUAGAAAGCAGAGGUUAACGGGACCGGAGCCCUAAAUCCCGAUCCGAAGUAUUAUAAACACGCAUUCUGCUGUAAGUUAUUUAUACAGAUGUCCCCUUACACCAGGGGAACCCUGUCACCGUCUGGAUGUAAAUGCUCACACAAUCGUCUGCGUAAGCCAUUUAUCCCUUUCAGAAAUCACUCUUUCAGUAACCGUUCGAUUUAUCUUAAACGCAAAGACUGACAAGAGGUAGGGAGGGAUAUUUACAACUCGAUUCAGCGAGGAGAAGUCGGUGCGGAGAACCGUGUCAGCGUGUUGGAUCAAUAACUGACUGAGCGAGCUUGCUGCUCUCCCCCUUGCUCCAAUUCCAAACAAGGCUAAAGUGCCCAGAACACCGUUGCUGACGUUCGCCCGCUCUCAGAUAUACUGGGUGCUGGUGUUUACUUUCAACACGUGGCUGCCUCGUCAUGACACACUCCGUGCCCAGUAUAAAAGGGGGCGUUAGCGCGCCGUCCAGUUGUCGAGCAGCUUCUUGCUUGAGCUGCCGUGCUAGGUUUCAGACCGGCUCCCAGCACUGUCUGCCGCGGUCCAGUACAGCUGCUUCUUCCCGCUCACAGUCGCUCGGGUAAUGAUUAAGAAGAUGUCGCCUUGCGAGACCGAAGUGAACGUCCCUACCAAAAACUGCUACCGGAUGGUCAUCCUCGGGUCCUCCAAAGUGGGCAAAAGCGCCAUCGUAUCUCGAUUCCUCAACAGCAAGUUCGACGACCAGUAUACGCCGACCAUCGAGGAUUUCCACCGCAAGUUUUACAGCAUUCGAGGCGACAUCUAUCAGCUGGAUAUCCUGGACACGUCGGGAAACCACCCCUUCCCGGCCAUGAGGCGCCUCUCCAUCCUGACAGGGGAUGUGUUCAUCUUGGUUUUCAGUCUGGACAACCGCGACUCCUUCGAGGAGGUGCAGCGACUGAGGCAGCAGAUCCUGGAGACGAAGUCGUGUCUGAAGAACAAAACCAAAGAGAACAUUGAAGUGCCCAUCGUAAUUUGCGGCAACAAGAGCGACCGGGACUUUUACAGAGAGGUGCCGAGGGAGAAGAUCGAGCAGCUGAUAGACGGCGACACCAAGUGUGCUUACUUUGAAAUCUCGGCCAAGAGGAACACAAAGGUGGACGAGAUGUUCCAGACCCUGUUCACCAUGGCUAAGUUGCCCAGCGAAAUGAGUCCAGAUCUCCACAGGAAGGUGUCAGUGCAAUACUGUGACAUCCUGCACCGCAAGACCUUCCGCAGCCGUAAGAUUAAAGACGAGGACGCGUACGGAAUCGUGGCGCCGUUCGCCCGAAGACCGAGUGUGCACAGCGACCUGAUGUACAUUAAGGAGAAGACGAUCAGCGGCGCCCACGCCAGGGACAAGGAGCGCUGCGUGAUCAGUUAAACCCGCUUCGGGGCCCCGAAAGGGACGCAGUUUACUAGUUCCGAAGGACAUGUUUGGCCCGUUAUCCACGGUGUAAACGAAAUGGUGGCGGACGGUUUUCAGAGACAGGCGUGGUGCUUGCACUGCCGCCGAGAGCGGUGCUCGCUCAACACCGCAGUCGAGCGCUGGCGGAGCCCUACUCUGCUGCCUCUCCCAGCGUCAGGUGUGGGCGAAAGAACUGCGAGAGAAAUGAACACCAAAUGACACUCACGGGGCAGAGGAGAGGGUAUUUUUUACUCAAUUCUCAUUCCCCCUCCCCCGAAGAAUAUUCAUUGUGUCGUAUUGACUGUGAAGUAUUCGUACUUGAGGUUUUUAAUUUAUUUAAAAGACUAAUAUUGAUUUGUACAAACUUGCAGUACAAUACGUAACAGAAUGUUUACAAUCGGCAACAGUUUGUUGCAUAAAGGCACUAAUGUUGUACUUGCAAAAAAUGAACAAAGUCUUAUAACUUUUUAAAAUAAAUGUUUUGAA